AGUCAUUGAGUGUGGAUGUCUUACUCUUGAUGCUUGAACUGUUACAAAAUUUCUCAGCAUCAUCCUAUGCGAUGCUCUCAUUUGUUUUUAUUACUUGAAUUUUAUUAUACCGAGUGCACCUUUUUUUUAACUAAUUUUUCACCAGUUUGAAGCAUAUAUAAGUUUCACCUUGAAACUAAGUAGAGAUUCUGGUGAUUGAUAGCAUGGGUUGGCAGCUCUUGUUUCAGAUGGCAAGUAUUUUGACAGGAGAGGAUCUCAUCAGCAGCUGGAAUUUCUUUAGGAGAAGGCCACCUUUUGGCGGAGAACAUGAUGAGUUGGAGCUCCUCAAAGUUGCCAUCCUUAGAGUUCAUCUAUCCAGAGAGAGUCAAGAUCAAAUGACUUGGCAGCACAACCACUCUGGAUACUCGGCAAGAGCUGCUUAUUUUUUCAUGGACUCCUCCACCCCGUGCCUUGACAGUGAUGCUUGCAACUAAGGAUAACCUAGUCUUGAGAGGGGUAGACUUGACUCAGAAGGACAAGUGUGUAUUAUGCGUAUUAAGUGAAGAAUAGUCAGAACACAUAGACCAUGUGUUUGUGACCUGUAGCAAAAUCCGCAAGUUUUGGAUGAAAAUAUGUCAUUUUUGGGCUCCUUUGCUAGCCCAGGCACGGCUAUCCACCGCCUUCACCAUUUAGCAUUUGGCCUUGGAAGUUGGAAGUUAUAAAUCCUGGAAUUCCUG